AUGGGCGCUAGUGACUCUAAAAUUGUUUUUAAACGAGGGAUAUUCAGGCUGUCUGAGGAGCGGCAUAUCCCUGCCAACGAUGAGUACUGGACAUCGUUUUGGGAGCUUCCGGAGUCUUCAGAGGAUGUAUUUAGCCUCUUCUCGCCAGCCGAUAUUCGAAGAAGCCGUGAUCAAGCCCUCGAAAACAUCGAAACUCUUAUCCUCGUCCUAACUUCUCGGCUCUUCGUUCUACGACAUCAUCCUUCGUUCCCAGAUGCCGAGCUAGCCCCCGAGCGGGAAGCUCUCAACUGCGUUCGGGUUCUAACCCGUAUACUUCCCUACCUCUAUGAAAAGGAAUCGCUGCAACAAUGGGAAGAGCAGUUCUUCUGGGGAAUCAGAAAGAAGAGAACGCGCCAGGGCGCCAUCGCAAGCGAAGUACUCUUUGAUGAAUCGAGGGGCGAUAAGCAAGACCCGGAGGGCGAGGAGGAACUUUUCGAGGAUGCGAAGCCACUAGCCGAGGAGCUUCUCGACACCCUGAUCGAUAUGCUCUUCUUUUCCGAAUUCACCAUUCCCAAGCAGCAACCCGGUCGGCCGAAGGUGACAUAUGCGAUUUGGCAGAGCGGCGUGGGCUGCAAUACUGCGGUACAAACCACAAAAGAGUUUGAGAGCAAUAGAUGCGAACUAUUACGCUUGAUACUGGCGCUUGCAGGCCGCAGCCUGUAUAUGAGUAGCCCAACGUUGACGCAAAGUGGAGUUCGAACUCUGACACAUCUAUGCGCAAACCCGGACAAGCAGGUUGUCCUCUCGGUGCUCUGCUCUUUACUCAAUACAACCCUUAAAUAUCAUCCGGCAAGUUGGCGUGUACCGUACAACUCAUUAGUUAUUCGUGACACCAAGCAACUACUCGUGACGCAGUCUCUGCAUCUGCUUCUUGCAGUGCUCGUCUAUACUGUACCCGAACAUGCUGAAGCGUCGUCAAGAAAGAACUAUUACCGCCACUUUCUGGGUAGACUGCAUCGACCGCAAGAUUUCCAAUUUAUAGUGGAUGGUGUUUCGCGAAUCCUCACACAACCUCUCCAGGAUAAAACUUCAUAUCUCCCCGGACCUCACACAUCAAUAAAUCUGUCAGCCGAGAUGCUGAUGUUAUUCUGGGAAAUGAUUCAAUGCAACAAACGAUUCCGCGCGUUUGUUAUCGACACGGACAGAGCGCACGACUUCAUCGUCCUCACCCUCUUCUAUGCCAUCGAGUACAAGAACGAUCCGGCGAAACAAGGCAUUGUUCGCAUGUGUGCAUUCUUGCUUCAGACUAUGAGCGUGGAAAAGAACUUUGGCCUUCGCUUGAACAAAAAGUUUGUUGGUCAAGAAAGCCUCCCACCUAGCAUCAGGAUCAACACAUUCGACGGUUCCUAUGCCGACUUUCUCAUACACUCAAUCUAUACCCUCAUUACCACCAGCCAAGGUGGUCUCACCGCGAUAUAUCCGGCGCUACUAGCAAUCAUCAAUAAUAUUGCGCCGUAUAUCGAGAACCUGGGUACGACAGGUAGCUCACAACUGAUGCAUCUUUUUGUUCUCAUGUCCUCGCCCUCGUUCUUGCUGGCCAACGAAACGAACCACACUCUUCUGCGAUCUCUACUUGAAUCCAUUAACACAAUUCUCGAGCACAAGUACAAGCAAAAUGCUCAGCUGGUGGUGGCUAUUCUGAAAAACAAGAAGCCAAUUGAGAGUCUGAGGACAUUCACGCUGGAGAGCGGUCUCCAAGAAAUAGAGCGACGAAACCGACGACGCAAGGACGCAAGCGGAAACGCUGAUGCCACCGACCUCACGCCUCGUCGAGCAUCGGUGGAGAGCUUGGAGCCUGUGCAGAGCCCUGUCGCGGGCCAAACGCACGGUGUAGAGGACAAUGCAUUUGCCAUUGGCGAUGACGACGAUAGCGACGAUGAACCCCAAGCGACACCCGCUGCAUCCACAACAAGCGAGAAUCAAUCUCAAAGGUCAUCGACUCCAAACGCUGACGACUCUGUACCGGUGCAGCUGCGUGGCAUGUCGGAGAAGGCCAGGGGCAAGAUGCCGGCUGGUGUCAGGUCCUUCUCUCGACAAAACAGUACGACAAGCCUGGGCACAUACUCUGCGGCCGGCCAGAGUACUAGUGGCAACUUUGAGCCGUCGGCGUACUGGAUCGAAAGCUGGCUUCCCGAACUGCCUCUGCACACGUUCCUCGCCGUUAUCCAGCAAGUAUCAAGUCUUGUGCCACGAAAGGCAGGCCAGGACAUGUUCUCGGCGGAGAACAUGCAGCGGAUGCGAGAGAUCGAUCUCGUCGGAGUGGAAGCAUCGCCGGUCAAAGUUCAAUCCUUUGAAUGGUCACCGCUGUCACUUGGCUGGUACGAGGCGAUGCUCUGGGGUGUUGUCUACGCAAGCGAGAUGCAGAUUGCAAAGGGUACGUCUGGUAUUUGGACGGGGACGGGUGUCAAGUUGUUCCGGAUUCAAGAAACUGCGCCAACUGGACCAACGUUGUCGUCGCCCCGCGGUGCAGUUGAUGCCGUUGGGAGCAAUAUUGUGUCUCGCAUCGGGCAGAUUAAUUUGCGAGGCGGUGCGGGCGGUUCCUGGCGCCAUCAAAUGAAACGCAACGACGACGACCCCAACGAACCGUAUUCAUCCAUACUCGAGCGGAUUCGGGAGGACCAUGCGAGCGCCGUUGUGAAGGCCUCCGUGACCUGCGACACGACCCCCCCUGACAACACCCAUCCCACGCUCAUCAUGUCGAAUCGUUACGCAGCGCCGCCGAGCCGCGGCGCCAACGGGUACGGCAACUUUGGCAGGUCCGAAGAGGAAUACGAUUCGUACGGCGGUGAUCCGAGAAACAAUGGCCGAGGCGAACGGUACGGCUCGCCGUCACACGGCCCGCCGCCUCCACGAGGUGACCGGGCACCCAGCAUCGGCACCGGUGGUGGCGGCGGCGGCCCCCCGCCAGUGGUGCGCAACAUGCCCUCGCGAUCACGGAUGACGCAGUCGACGUCGGACCGGCAGAUCACGCAGGUGCUGGAGCACAUCCGGGCCGAGUGGCCGUCGCUGUGCAGCGACGACUGCAUCCCCGUCCAGUUGGCGCUGCAGCUGCUCGACACGAGCUCCGUGGGCCGCGCGCACGACUACCGCAAGUUCCAGGACACGCACGCGUACCUGCAGGACUCGCUCAAGAACACGGUGCACGAGCACCACCAGGGCUUCAACUCGUCCAUCGGCACCUUCCACAAGAUCCAGAGCAGCAUCCAGGGCUCGCAGCGCCGCGUCCGCACGCUCAAGGAGUCGCUCGCCAGCGCCACCUCCAGCCUCUGCUCCACCGACCCCGAGCUCCGCAAGCUGUCCGAGUCGUCCGAGGCCUACGACGACCUACUGCAGACGCUCAACGAACUCGACGAGCUGCGCGCCGUGCCCGACCAGCUCGAGGCGCGCAUCUCGGAGAAGCGCUUCCUGACGGCCGUUGACGUGCUGCAGGGCGCGCUGCGGAAGCUGCGCCGCCCGGAGCUGGACGACAUUGGCGCGCUCAACGACCUGCGCAGCUACCUGGUCAACCAGGAGACGGCGCUCAUGGACAUUUUGGUGGAGGAGCUGCACGAGCACCUCUACCUCAAGUCGCCGUAUUGCCAGGAGCGCUGGCAGAGCCUGUACAGGACGCAGGGUGCCUUCUCGGACGAAUUCACGGAUACCAGCUCCAUUGUUCCAUUCCACGCCAUCUUGGAGAGUAUGGACAUGGAGAAAGCAGUCACAGAAGACCCGAUGAAGAACCCAGAGGCCGAUACAUUCUACUACAUUGCCUUGCUGGUUGAGGCUCUGAACAAACUUGGUCGACUGCAAAGCGCCGUUGAAACUUUGAAGCAGCGAAUGCCAGUCGAGCUCUUCGCCAUUGCUACCGAGACGAACAAUGAAGUUGACCAGCGCCACCCGAGCUCUCUACGUGGAGGAACUACAAAAUCCGAGAGCAUCAACAUUUACAACUCGAGAGAGACCCAAAUGCGUGCCGAAGUCAUCAACGACUUGCUAUGGAGCCUGUAUGGCAAAUUUGAGGCCAUCGGUGAGGGCCAUCGCGUAUUCCACGAAUCCAUCAAGGCCUUGAUUCGAAGAGAGGGUGCAGGUAACAACAGCGCACUGCUGGGUAGCUUCAAGGAGCUCUGGAACCUGUACCAAAACGAGAUCCGAUCGCUGUUGCGCAAUUACGUCACGACCGACGCAGACGUGUUCCAGUUUGACUCGCCGAACCCUGGAGGCUCGUUACAGAGCAAAAAAGACGCCGCGCGCGAGCAUCUAUUCAAAUUCGCCGAGAUUGAUCCCAAGUCCAUCGACAUUAGCACAGAGUACGAGGCGCUGGAGGGCAUCGUGCAAGCCGCCGUGCCCGGCCUGACCGGCAAUGACCGCAAGCAAGGCGCAGAUAAACGGCGGGAUCGGUUGACCAUGGAUGACGCGGGCUCACGCCGACACACAUUCGGCUACUCAAGCGAAAGCAAGCUUCAGGGCUCUCACAAACCACUGGUUGAGCCCAGCGUGUUCAACAUGAGCCUGCUUCUACCCCCGACGCUCCUUUUCUUGCAGCGUCUCCGUACGAUUGUACCGCCGGGCUCCGACCUUGCGACGAGUACACUGACGACAUUCCUGGAUAACUUCUUGGUAAAUGUCUUUCAACCGCAGCUGGACGAGACGCUCGCCAAGCUGUGCGACAGCAUCCUUGCAGAGAUGGAUUCGUUUGCGCAGGAUGCAAGCUGGGCUCAAUACUCGAAGCUGCCUAUACUGAAGGGUACCACAGCAUUCUUCCAAGUCGUGACCGCGUUUUGCAAGAUGCUGAGCACGAUCCCACCCGACCAGGCUCUCAGCUCGCUGCUGGUGACACAGAUGAUGCGAUACUAUGACCGGUGCUUCGACUGGUACAAGCUGCUCGUGACCAAGACGCAGGAGCAAACAAGUGACGCCAAGAAUCUACGUGCUUCAGCACGGUUCGCGGUGCAGCCCGGCGAGAUUCACGAGGUGAUGAAGCAGAUGUGGCUGGAGGAGGAGGGGGACAAGGAGCGGAGCGAAAAGGAGAUCCACCUGCUGAUCGAGCAUACCAAUGAGUCGCGGUUGGAGCCAAACGACAUCAUCCAGGAUAGGGAGACGAUUACGUCGCUAUGUCUGCUGUAUACGAGCAUGAAGUGGCUAGCGACGAGGAUAUUGGGACUACGACACAUUACGACGCACGAGACGGACUCGUCACGGCAAAACGUGGCGCGACAGGCCAAUAGACGCUGGACCUUGAUGAACGAAUCCAACAAGGCGACGGCGACUGAGACUGCGCCGGUUGUGCUACCACUGACUGCGGACACUGUACAGACAUUUGACAAUAUCGUGUCGUCGUACGAGGAGCUCGCGGGGACGGCGCUGCUGACACUGCACAUGGAGGUGCGGUGCCGAAUCGUGCACUCGCUGCGCAGCACGCUGUCGACCGAGGUUGCGCCGUACCUGCUGGAGCAGGACGUGCGGGAGCCGGACCCGCAGAUCCUGAGCCUGAACCUGGAGCUGGUGCUGUUCGACGAGACGGUCUCGCGGUACCUGCGCGCGCGGGAGGCGGCCUUUGUGCGGACCGGGCUGGGCCUGCUGAUCGGCGCGUACCUGGUGGGCAACGCGGCGAUGGCCUCGCCGAUCAACGCGCGGGGCGGGGCGCGGAUGCGGCUCAACAUCCUGGUGCUGCAGCAGAACCUGAAGAACAUUGACCGCGACGCCGAGGACAUGGAGGACCUGGCGCGGGCGGCCAACUACUACGCGCUGCUGGACAGGGGGCCGGACGCGGUGCUGGCCAAGGCGGCGGAGGACCGCGACAAGAAGAUGGGCGAGGAGGCCGGGGCGACGCGCGCGAGCAACACGUUCACGUACGAGGAGCUGAGGACGCUGCUGGAGCUGUGCAUGAGCGAGCAGGUGGCGAGUCCGGAUCGAGGCCUGGCGGCGGCGGCGAAGAGGCAGCUGGCGGACAAGUUGCAAGAGUUUAGCGAGAAGGCAUGA